AAGCCUGUUUGAUCUUCUCCAACUCAUGCUCAUUGCCUCCUAUAGUGUUUUGUCAGUAUCUGCAACCAGUUGGGCUUGUAAUACUAGCUAGCUAGCUUCAAAAAUGACUCUGUUUGGUAAGGUGGAGGCUGAUGUAGAAAUUAAAGCUUCCGCUGAAAAGUUUCAUGAGAUUUUCAGAAGCAGGCCACACCACAUAUCCAAUGUUUCUCCUGAAAAAAUACAGGGCUGUGCUUUGCACGAAGGUGACUGGGGCAUUGAGGGCUCUGUCAUCUACUGGGAUUAUGUCCAUGAUGGGGAAGCAAAAGUUGCUAAGCAGAAAAUUGUGGCAAUAGAUGACACAAAAAAGUCGAUCACUUUCAAAGUGAUUGAAGGGGAUCUCCUGAAGGAAUACAAGAACUUCGAAAUCGUUGUUCAAGCUACUCCCAAGGGUGAGGGCAGCUUGGUGCAUUUGACCAUGGAAUACGAAAAGCUGAAGGAUGAUAUUCCAGAACCCAACACAUUGCUUCAGUUUGGAAUUGAUCUCAGCAAAGACAUUGAUGCUCACCUUACCGCAUAG